AUGCGCUGGUGGGGUGCAUAUUCUCUUCAGUGCCUCUGCGCAUGCCUUUUGAGUGUUUCCAAGUGGGCGGUGAACGUGUCACCCCCACCCACCGCUUCCGCCUUCUCACCGUCGUCGUCAGCGCUGAAGCCACAAAAGUUGAAAAACAAGACGAGCAGUACAAAGACGGUGGCGCAGGAGGUCUCACGUGCGCCACGCACUAGGCUCGAUAUGCCUGCGGCAUACUCAUCCUUCCGUAGCAUCGUCCCCAUUGAUGUUGUUAGGGAGCAGUACGACUACUUAAAUCCCGGUGAGCGGGCCGCGCAGGCGUUGGUGCGCGUUGCGGGACGCGUCACGAGCCUGCGGGACAUGGGCAAAAUACUGUUUCUCACAAUUAGUUCGAACGCAAGGGAGCUGCAGGUGGUGGGGCAGGUAGGCGAGCACUUCACACAUGAAGAGUUGAAGAAGCUGAAGGUAGUGUUGUGGGUUGGCGACAUCAUUGGGGUUGAGGGCGUUCCAUGCCGCAUGCAGCGGGGCGAACUCUCCGUGGCCGCCUCCCGCAUUGUUGUGUUGAGUCCCUACGUUUGCACUGACCAGGUGGUCUGCCCCAACCUGCGCGGUUUCGCCGUGAUGCAGGACAACGAUGUGAAGUAUCGCUACCGGUUUGUGGACAUGAUGACCAACCCAUGCGUCAUUUCGACAAUUAAGAAGCGGCACGUGAUGUUGCAGGCGCUGCGCGAGUACCUGAACGAGCGCAACUUUGUGGAGGUGGAGACUCCGGUGCUGCACACGGUGGCCUCUGGCGCGAACGCCAAGCCGUUUGUGACACACCACAAUGCGAUUGCGACGGAUUUGUUUCUGCGUGUCGCUCCGGAGCUGCACCUGAAGCAGUGCAUCGUUGGAGGAAUGGAGCGCGUCUACGAGAUUGGAAAAGUUUUUCGCAACGAGGAUGCCGACCGAACACAUAACCCUGAGUUCACAAGCUGCGAGUUUUACGCCGCGUAUCACACGUACGAGGAUCUCAUGCCUAUGACUGAGGAUAUUUUUCGUCGCCUGGCGACGCGGGCUAACGGGACGACUGUGGUGCAACUUCCCCUUGACAGCGCCCAUGACGGACCUGUCGUCGAAGUGGAUUUGAGUAAACCCUUCCGACGUGUGAGCGUCUACGAUGAGGUGCAGCGCGUGUCUGGGGUGGAGCUCCCGCCUCCAAGCGAACUGAAUACGCCCAAAGGCAUUGCAUAUAUGUCCGUUCUCAUGCUGCGCUACAACAUUUCUUUUCCGCCUGUACGAACAGCCGCCAAGUUGUUUGACAAACUUAUUGACUUUUUUAUUACCGAUCGCAUUGUGGAGCCGACGUUUGUGAUGGAUCACCCGCUGUUUAUGAGCCCCCUCGCAAAGGAGCACGCAUCACGGCCUGGACUGGCAGAGCGCUUUGAGCUGUUUAUUAACGGGAUGGAGUACUGCAACGCCUACAGCGAGCUUAACGACCCACAGGAGCAGUGUCAGCGUUUUCAACAACAGUUAGUGGAUCGGCAAAGGGGAGACGAGGAGGCCAUGACGCUGGACGAGACAUUUCUGAAGUCGUUGCAGGUCGGCCUUCCUCCGACUGCGGGAUGGGGCAUGGGAAUCGAUCGUACUUUGAUGCUGCUUACAAAUUCUAGCACCAUCCGUGAUGGCAUCAUCUUCCCGCUACUACGUGAAGACGUCAGUUCCCAUGAUUCCAAGCGGCGUCACAAAACAGCCUCGUUUUUUGAGUUCAACAAGCAGAUGACACUCUUUUGUCUUAGCGGCCUGGAACAGGAGUUGAAGCGAAGUGGUCUGUCGGAGGACGCUUGCGCCCAUCUCCGUGAACUACGAAAAACCAUCGUGGAGUUGGGGCAGCGCAGCGGGACAGAAGGUCUUCCCAUGACAAGGGGUCGCUUGCCCGAGUGGCGACUAACAUUAAUGUUGGCAGUUAUUCGUUUUAUGUGUGGCGCACAUCGGCGGUGA